AUGGUGCAUGUUAUGCUGUGGUGCAUGGUGCAAGCUAUGGAACAAGGUUUGGUGCAAUGCAAUCUACGGUGCAAGCGAUGGUGCAAGCAAUGGUGCAAGCGAUGGUGCAAGCUAUGGUGCAAGCUAUGGUGCAAUCUAUGGUGCAAUCUACGGUGCAAGCGAUGGUGCAAGCGAUGGUGCAAGGAUGGUGCAAGCUAUGGUGCAAGCUAUGGUGCAGGCUAUGGUGUAAGCGAUGUGGUGCAGGCGGUGGUGCAAGCUAUGGUGCAAUGGUGCAAGCGAUGGUGCAAGCUAUGGUGCAAGCGAUGGUGCAAGCUAUGGUGCAAGCGAUGGUGCAAGCUAUGGAACAAGCUGUGGUGCAAUGCAAUCUACGGUGCAAGCGAUGGUGCAAGCUAUGGUGCAAGCUAUGGUGCAAGCUAUGAUGCAAGCUAUGGUGCAAGCGAUGUGGUGCAAGCGAUGGUGCAAGGUAUGGUGCAAGCGAUGGUGCAAGCGAUGUGGUGCAAGCGAUGGUGCAAGCUAUGGUGCAAGCUAUGGUGUAAGCGAUGUGGGUCAAGCGAUGGUGCAAGCUAUGGUGCAAGCGAUGGUGCAAGCUAUGGUGCAAGCUAUGGUGCAAGCUAUGGUGCAAGCUAUGGUGCAUGCUAUGGUGCAAGCUAUGGUGCAAGCUAUGGUGCAAGCUAUGGUGCAAGCUAUGGUGCAUGCUAUGGUGCAAGCUAUGGUGCAAGCGAUGGUGCAAGCUAUGGUGCAAGCUAUGGUGCAAACUAUGGUGCAUGCUAUGGUGCAAGCUAUGGUGCAAGCUAUGGUGCAAGCUAUGGUGCAAGCUAUGGUGCAUGCUAUGGUGCAAGCUAUGGUGCAAGCUAUGGUGCAAGCUAUGGUGCAUGCCUUGCCGGCGGAAAAUGA